UGCCCCUUCUGUCUCUCUCUCUCUCUCUCUCUCUCUCUCUCUCUCUCUCCAGUAAUGCUCCCUCCUCCACCUCCAUCUCUUGAGGAGGAGAUUACUUAGAAAGAAAUAACUUCAAUGGCUACAAGGGUUAUUAGGGCUGAUCAUGGCCUGCUCCUCCUCUUCUCUCUCCUCCUAUCCCUUCAGUCUGCUUGCUCUUCAGGAGCCUUUGUGGGAUUUUCAUAUGAUGCAAGGGAAGAGAGCCCUCAAUCUUCUUCACCUUCACCCACAGAAGCACUAUCUUUCCUCCACAAGAACAGACUCUCCCCUGCUCAGUACAGAAUCUUCCUCACAAACCCACAACCCUUCUUACAUCCACUGUCCAAAUCUGCUGUCCCUGUUGAUCUGUUUCUGAAACAGUUUGACACUCAAAAACCAUCAGAAGCAAAUGCUUUAGCUUCCUCAUGGCUAGCAACCCACCUCAUAAGCACUCUCCCCUAUCUUAACAUCACCAACAUCAUAGUAAUCCCCAAUGAGAGGGCCCUCCCUUCACUCCUCCACACCCUGAACUCACUCUACUCCUCCCUCAAAGCCUUCGGCCUCGACCGGGCCGUAAAAAUCUCAGCGAUGUUCUCCCUCUCCACCCUCGAAACCGUUGGGAAAACUCGGAACAAGGAUUUUCGGAGAGCCGUGGAAUUUGUAAAGAAGAAUUCGGGGUCGUUUGUGCUGAUAGAGACCUUCGUGGAUGGACAACUGAGCUUAUCUGAUGGGUUUGUUCAAUCCACUGCACAAAGGGCCAUAACUGCUUUGAGUGCUCUAUCCAACUUAGAAGACACCAUUCCCUUAGUUUUCAAUGUGAAGAGCUAUGUUUCCCCAAGUGAAGUAGAAGUAGCUCAAUUCAGCGAAAAAAUGAAAAGGUCUUUAGAUAUGUAUCCUGUCAUAAACAAAAGGGUUUGGGGUUUUUAUGUGGAUGUAUCUCAUGUGGGGGAAACUCGGAAGGAAAUACUAAAUUGGGAGGAGCAACUGAUUUUCCCUUCUUCUCAUAGAGAGCUGCUGCUUCUUGACCAUGAAAAGAGUACGACGGUCCGCGACACUUAUGCUCCGAUAACAAACCCCGUCACCACCACGCCCAUCACUGUCCCUUCCACGAACCCAUCGCCGGGGAUAGUGACCGUCCCUUCGACCAAUCCUGUCACUGUUCUUCCCACUAACCCUUCCACGACACCUAUCACAAUCCCUCCCACGAAUAAUCCGAUGCCGAUGCCGACACCGACACCUGCAACCACUCCAGUGCCAGUCACAAACCCUUACCCUACGCCGAUGACCACUCCCAUCGUGCCCGUCACGAAUCCAGCGACGACUCCAACGAUGGUUCCUGUGACCAAUCCUGUUACGACUUAUCCUUAUACGCCGCCAGGGGUUUACACGCCGACUUAUCCAUAUGCGCCGGCCGGGGGUUACGUGCCGUCCGUAACGCCGCCUGUCACUGUGCCGAGCACCAUGCCGGUUACACCUGCAGUAGCAGGUCAGACUUGGUGCGUGGCGAAGACCGGUGUGCCGGAUUCGGCACUCCAAUUGGCACUGGAUUAUGCCUGUGGGAUUGGGGGUGCGGAUUGCUCGGCGAUCCAACCGAUGGGCAGCUGCUACAACCCCAACACGCUUCAGGCUCAUGCAUCAUACGCAUUCAAUAACUACUAUCAGAGGAAUCCUUCACCAACAAGUUGCGAUUUUGGAGGGACGGGGAUGAUCGUCAAUGUUAAUCCAAGCUCAGGGACAUGCAUUUAUCCAACUUCAAGCGGGGUCUCUGGCUAUAAUCCUACAGCCACUACUCCUGGUUUUACUCCUGCUUCAAGUUAUGGUUCGACUCCUGGUACAAGUUCUGGUUCGACUCCUGGUACAAGUUCUGGUUCGUCGGUGUUGAACACUAACAACUCGGGCUCGAGCACAGUAUACGGGUCGGACAACCCAACAGGCGCCGGCAGCAACUCAUUGUCUCGCUACGCUGGUUGGACCUCCUUAUAUUUUGUGAUCACCUUAGCCUAUAUCAGAGGUAGGCUCUAAGUUAGAGUGUGAGCUAAUUCAGGUGCCGAAAACGGAAUGAUGGGUAGAUUGAGAACAGCUUCCUAGUGCUAGUUCUAUGAUAGUUAGAGUAAUAUUCAUAUACAAUGAGUUGUAAAGAACAAAUUUGAUGUGUAUAUGGACUAAGUAGAUGAGUAGAGCUUGAGAGUGCCUCUCUUGUAGAACUUUGUUGAUGCUUCAUUUCGGAGAUGUAAAUCAGCUUUAUGAAAAGGUGAAAAAAACAAAAUAUUUAUGGAUGCACAGAGAAA